ACUAAAGCAAAGGCACAAAACAACUCAACAGAAACAGGUGGGGGUCUCUUGUAAAAGAGAGAUCGGGGAACCACAACAACAACAGAAACAGAGCAAUGCAUUUCAUGAAUGGGUAAGCCGACCAGUUUGGAGCAGUGUUUGGAGGCGCAGAAUGGAAGCUCCUCUUGUAAAUGAAUACAAACAGCCAUUCAUAUGGCGGAGGCUUCUCCAAACUUUCCUUGGAGGGCUCAGACUCUCCAUGCCUGGCAUUGUGCCACAUUAUGCAUACCUGCUACAGGGCGUUCUUUUUGUUCCUCUUGGCUUGGGCUUGACUGUGUUUCUAGCUUUGGAAGAUUGUUGCAGCCUGCCAACUUUUGCUGCUACUUUGGGCUGUGGUGCCUGGACUUUCCUGUACUGCCUCCUGUUGAUGUUCAUCUCCUACAUAUUGCAAAGUCAACAAGAAGUUCUUUCUCCCAGUGAUCAAGAUGCUGCUCUGCACCUGAGUGCCGCGUUUGAUGAAGAGAUGACGGUAUUUGACGGCGUGCUCGGACCGAGCACAUGGCGUUUCAUCGCCCCUGGCAAAGGUUCUGCCGUUGUUAGCGUCCUGCAUUGUCUUAUGGCAGCGGUCACGUCAGCUGCUAUGGUCUCCUUCCUCUCCAUAGCCUCGACAGCCUCUCUCUUGCAAGUGUCGUGGACUGGGUCGGUAGCGCUUGCAGCCCUUGGCGUCUGGUCUACGAACUUAGCUCUGUGGGGGCUGGUGAGCGCCCCUCCGCCCGAGCCUGCUGUGUUCGGGCCCCUCCUGCCCUACCAGCUCGCUGCCUUCUCACGCCCCUCACACCUCCUGCUGGCUGCCCUGCUGCACCUCCUACACUCGUUUUGGCCCGGUCUGUCAUGGUUGCGUGUCCUGAACUUUGCUGUGCACGUGUUGGUGGCGCUGCUGGGGCUGCUGUGGUGCAGCGCCGCGCUGCCUCCUGUAGACGCUCUCGUGCUCUGGCUGCUUGAGCAGUGGCACGUCCUGGCUCUCGGCUGCUCGCCGUGCGCGUCCAACGCUCGGCUGUACGUGCAGUGCGCGGUGUCCACAACGUCCUUGCUGCUCCUCGCCGCCCUGCCAUCAUACCCCCUCCUGCUGUGCGCUGCUGCCCUCAGGGGCGCCAUCUUAGGCCUUGAUUACGAAUGGCUGGUAAUGCAGGGCGUCUCAGCUAACUGCCGCAGCUCUGUGGGACUGGCCCAGAGUUCUCAACAGGUGUCGCCGCGCCCGUCCCAGCGACUCCCUGUUGUGUCUUUGAGGCGUGAAGUGGCCGUCAGCGCCGUACUCGUAACGACCGUACUCAUCACCUCCCUGGCCGUCCUCUUGCCACACCGCCUCUGGCUGGGCUCGCCCGACUACUGCUCCCCUGACGCGGCCGCCGAGUACUCGCUGCUGCACGACGACGUCACCCUCGCCACGCCUCCUGUCUUCGCUAGCAUGUCGCUGUUCUGUGUUGGAGUGGCAUGUUUGUUGCUGUGGCUGGUGUGGUGCACGGCAAGCACAGCACAGCAAGUCUGGUGUUGUGGCGGACUGAUCCGUAACGUCGUGGCUGCAACACCUGUCAUGUUCUGCCACGACUCCUACAAAGCCAUCAUCUGCCAAGCCUGCUCUGUUGGAGGUCCGGUACUGCUGCUGGUGUGCACCCUGCUGUGGGUGGGAGCUGACCAGUGCUCCAUGCCGUGGCACUUCUCCAUCUCUUGGCUCCUGCAAUUCAUUCCUCUUGCCCGCGUCUUUACUCAGAUUUGGACAAGUCGGUGGCUAGCAUUCGCUGCCUCGAGUGUCUUCUUCGUCCUGGAGUUGACACAAGCGCUCACUCGGCAGCUAUUGCCCGGCUACCUGACGCUCUCAGUGGCAGCUCGCAUAACUCUGUGCAGCAUUGCGCUGUUGUGGCUGCGACGCGUCCUGCAACACUGCUUUGCUGUCCUACUCAUCACCUACACUAGCGUUGUUGAUAAGAAACAGCGAAGGCCCAUCUCUGUCGUGCUGGCUGCAAUCAACAUAGCUGCUAUGCCGGCUCUGUGUCUGCUGGUGGUGACGUGUGCGGUGCUGAACGCUCCUCUGCUGCCUGUGUUCACACUGCCGCUCUUCCUGCUGGGCUAUCCUCGCCCUGAGCGCUUCUGGCCCUACAGCGUCGGCCACUCUGUGUCUGCAGCUCCUGACGCCGCUUACUACGCGCAACUCACGCCUUAUUUGCUAUCAUUACUCGUCUCGUGUCAUCACUCGGGCGCUCUGGGAUUUUUGGAUGCCGGAGAUCAACUCCUGCUGAGAUUCGAAGAUCGCCUGGUUUGGAUUCAAGUUCUGGAAAUCGGUUUCGGUCACGUUUAUUUCAGUGUCAAGGGCCUGGAACUGCAAGAGACAAGUUGCCACACGGUCGAAGCUUCGAAAGUUGAUUCCAUCUUCAGUCGUUCCUUUGACGCGGAGAUGGUGGAGAACGCUGCCACAUCCCAGAGGUUCUUGAACCCCAACGCCCUGCACUGCCUCACUCCGCUGUUCCAGGUCCCGCUGCUGGCAUACUCUGACACUCAGAACGUCCUCACUGGCGUCAUUGAUUCCAAUGAUUUCCUAUCAGUCGUCAACGAUUACUUCACUAAAUGUCUCUUAUUUGAACUAUUGGAUUAUGUAAUCAACGUACAACAAGCUGGUGUGGGAGAAAAAAGCAUUUCGGCAUGUCGCACUUAUUCAAGCAAAAGUCGUCGCAGCAUAUCUAGCGCCUCUUACGACGUUCUCACAUCGCUACCCAAGCUCAAUGCUGCUCUCAGUCCUAACACUUCUGAAGCAUUGCCUGAGACUUCAUCUGCUAACAGUCCUGAUGCCGACAUCUCUGCUGAAGAUAAUGGGCGGAGAUCCAAAGACUCCAGGUCUGAAUCGAAGGAAGACAAAGACAGCCGAUCUCUUCAAAGUGGCCGGGGAAGCAGACUUGCAUGGGCAAACAAGAGCAAACCAAACUCUACUAUAGACCCUCGUCUCGACUGGGAACAAGAUAUCUUUGACCUCAGCAGCGACAGACUCAUUUUGAAUCCUGACGGUUUGCUAACCAAAGUCUCCGGCCGGAUGCCAACGCUCAGCAAGCAAGGCAGUCGUCUUUCCCUCCAUCGAGACUUCAAUCCAAUUGCGGGCAAAUCUCAAAACUUUGUUCUGACUCCUCCAAACGCUUCCCCAGUCAGUCACGGCGCCAUGAGCCUCAAAACUUCUACCACCACAAACCAAGUGCGACAGAAGCACAAGAUGGCGUUUGAUUCACCUCAAGGUUUGGCAUCGCCAGCUGCUGGCAACGAUCCUUCUAACAUGACUGUAACAAGCGUGCGAGUUCUGCCUCGUUCACAACAAGAAAUCAAAGAACGAAAAGUUCCAAUUUCUGGACCUGCUGUGGCUUAUGGCCCUCCUGCUCUUUGGCUUCUAGACUUGCCGUGUAAAAAUGACACUAUUGACGACAUGCAGGUUUUCUUCCCGUUGUCGUGGUUCAAGUUUCUCUUGGGCCAUUUUUUGCGCCUACGGUUCAAAGCUGACCGCGAACAACGCAAAGAAAGUUCGCAAAUUAAACUCGCCAGCAAAUCAGAGUUGAAGAACGGAAAAAAGUCUAGGAAAUCUUCAAAGAAAAAGUUACCUGGAAGUUCAGGAGGCAAACAUAGCGCUGCUCAUGAAAAAUACGGUUCAAAUGUCGAAAAUAAUUCCUCUGAAACUCCUGAAGAUUUAAUCUCUCCCGCUGAACAUCGAACUCUUCAGAAAAUUCUGGACGACGAAUCUCUGGAGGAAGCCUACAGGGCGGUGGCGGCGGUAUGCAGCGUGGUGCUCUGCGCCCAUGACAGCAGCCGGCCGCCGUCCCCCCACCAGGUGUACUGCACCUUCAGGGGCGCCAUACCUGCCUCCCCCGCCCUAUCCUGGCUCACACAGCGGCCUCGCCUUCGUGCACUCACCAAUAAGGCUUACAGGAUGGCCGUGAAAGUAUCCCUAGACCACGUGCUCAUAGGCCUCAACAGCUCGAGCUGGCCAGACCUUCUAGAAGCUCUGUCUGAGUACCACACCGCCUGGUUCUUCGGCUCUGACCAGACCGACCAACCACCUACCCAGCGACGCUCCCCAACCGACGCUAACACCAACUCCCCUUCUGGUGUUCCCUCGACAAGACCUGGUGCUGCUGAUGGAGCUUCCAGGAGUGGGGCUGCGUCCGUCAAUAUAGCCUUUAGAGACUCCGGUCAUCCUGGCAUCUCGGGAAGCUCGGCAGUGCGUCGGAUAUCCUCGGAUGCACUGCAUACAACGGACGAUAAUGUUGAUGUUGCACCACGACGGGCUACUGUCGCCGCUAUGCCACCUGAGCGUGGCCACGAGGUAGCCAAGGAGCUUGAGCCUAAUGAACCUCAGAGUUGGGUGCAAGCUAUUCACAAAGAAACGCCUCACCUCUUCACAAUUGGCUAUAAUGACGUCAAGCGCGUGUACACGAGCCGCCUGGCGUCACUGCGGCCACAGGAGGCGUCGCUGGGGCGGCUGAGCAAGAGCGCCGUGACGGCCGUGUGGAGCGCCCUCAGCCCUGAGCUGCUCUACCUCACCAAUGACGACGACGAGCGAUACUCUAUUCAGGCUCAUGCUUCGUUGCUACGUAACCUGACGGUGCAAGCGGCUGACCCGCCGCUGGGAUACCCCGUGUACUCCUCGCCUGCCGUGCGCGUGGGCAUCUCCUCCCUGAGGCGAGACCGUCCCGCGGCCGACGCUGCGUCACCGCCAUGAGUCUUGCCUUCACCUGCGAUGUUCAUGCGAGACUCGCCGCGUCGACAAUAAUUUCCUCAAUACAUUUCUCUUGCCUCCAAUAUCCUCUACAUAAUCACUCUGUAAUGGUUUGACUUUACGCGCAUGAUACACUUUAAGUUCCUUUGGAUGUUCAUCUCAAAUUUUAUGUUAGGUUUAAUUGUAAAGGAGUCAAUUCGAACUUCAUUUCUUGGUCUAGUCUGAACUUAUUCUAGUCAUGUUUGAACCUAGCCUUUUUUGCAGCAUCUAGUCUUAGAAACAAUGAAGUAUACCUAAUGUGUUUCCUACACAACGACUUCUUAAGGACUUAAGUUAGCUGUUAUGCAGGUGUCUCGAGUUCACCGCAAGUGCUUUAAAACGUACACUGACUGUGAUAUAAUUCCGUCCCAUCGGAGAUCAAACUCGCACUUAUUAUCCUUCAUUAACUUUAAUGUUAUUUGGAACAUUUCCCUCUUUGCGAAACAAUGUUACCAUAUUUUGGAGUUGCUCUUGACAAUGUCUUAGCUUUUAUUAUAACGUAUGCCCAAAAGUUUACGUUAAUCUGUUCCAGAAAAAGCGUUGUAUUCUAAAAUAGCCAGCUUUCGGAAUAGUUUUUCCACUAAAAUAGAUGAGAAACCGAUAAAUCCGUUCAAAAUACAAUACUAAUAAUAAGUAAAAUGUACAGUACUGUACUGUGAAGUACCUAACAAUACAUAACCCAAUGUACUCGAGCAAUAAUGUACUCCUAUGAUACAACGCAACUUAUCUUGACUUGGAGGAACUUUAUGUGGGCAUUAGUCGGAGAUGACGGCUGUCAGUCAUUCACUGGAGGAUGAAUCUAAUCCAAAAUUAUUUUUUGUGACCUGAACUAUAAAUAUAUUUGCCAAAUUCGGUCAACAUCAAGAGUUCUGCUGUCUUUCUCUUUCGUCAUUUGUUAUUCUUUUGGAUUUAUCUGUUAUGAACAAAUACGUUCAUGGAAUUUGUACUCAUUGCGAAUGGCGAUAAUUUGUGACGGCGUUGCGGUGAUAAAUUGGUUUGUAUGGUUACAGUAAUUGUCACAAUUAGUAACUAGUUUCCUUCGAGCAAGAACGAAGAACAAAUAUUUGUGGUCCAAUUGUCGUAUUUUUCUCUUGCUAGUAUUACUUAGAAUAGAUUAAUAUUUAUUUGCACAAAUAAUUUAUUUGCAACAUUUUUAUUUAAUUAGAUUUAUGCUCAAAGUGACCUGUCAUUAUGAUUGCAUGUAACACGUGUAAUGAUCUUCAAGUUAGAUUUUCAUUUGCACUCUAAUUGUAGCGUUUGCUACAAUCUUCUGGAGUUAGUGGGAGGCUACAUUUCCGAGUGCAUCUUUUAUUCCAGUUUGCGUCUUAUAUUCAUGCAAUAGAACAAUAUAACUAUAACAAAAACGCUCAUAAAAUGUCAUCAGGAUACACGAAGAAACCCUUCGUAGUAUAAUCCUCUGAAAUACGCUGAAAUACUCAUGAUUCGAGUAAUAUUGAUAUUAUUACUUCAAUUUUCCAAGUCCCUUCAUACGUCUGAAAAUAGUGUUAGUUUAUCUUAUUUGAAUUCAAUUUUUAACCGCACGCGUGUUGAUGUUCAUUGUGGAUUCCGUGUUGAUGUACGUUCAUUCCGAUUCGAGAUUUGGUCUCGGAUUUCGAGAGGCGUGUUGAAUUCAAUGUGAUUCUAGUCUAGUCACGACAAAAGUAUAGCUGUUCUAAUGUAAAUGUAGCGAGUUAUUUGGCUUAUUAGUGACGUUUAAAUCACGAGCGUGGUCUGUCGCUGAUGAUCGCCUACACUUCUCUUUCAAGGAUUAGCUUCGAUUGAGACAUUUUUACCAUUAAUUUUCGUUUAUAUAUAAUUGAUUUCUUGUA